UGAUAGAGAUGUUUGUAUGUCAUCCGCGCCCCCGCCCACCGCCACACUCAGCGGCGGCCAGAGGGUUCGGGGGGUACUGCACCUCUCGGCGACUACGUACUUUGGUGUGGGUGUUCCCGCUUCGCUGGGUCUGUCGCUGAAGUCGUCUUUUCGUUUGUUCUGGCUCAUUUUGUGACUGGGCUCUUCAAGGCUGACAGGCAGCGGACGUCCCGGUUCCAGUGCUGGAGUCCAGGUGGGAAUACCUGCACACAGGGAAUGCAGUAAAGCAGCUGAGAGUUGAAGGACAGACAUUUCAGCAUUCAUGGAGAACAAUUUCACUUUCGAGGAGGGCAGUGACAUGUCAUAUGAAGACAAUGACCCAGCCUUCCCCUCUCCAGUGAGACAGGCUUCCCCAGGCCAGAGCGGCACCGUUGAUCUUGAAAGGAAGCCGGAGGAGGAAGAGGAGCAGGAUGAAUCUCCUCUGGAGACCAUAGUCAUUCCCAGUGAUUCAGACGCCUUUCUGAAUGUGAACACUAAUGCCACCACAAGAGGGGAUGCCCAGGCCUACGUGGAACUGAACGAGCUUCAGGGUAACAGCUGGCAGGAGACCAGCCGAUGGGUCGGCUACGAGGAAAACUUUGACCCUGCCUCCGGAAAAUGGGGCUCCUCUCACGUCUCCUAUCUCGCCUUCAAGAGCUUGAUUCAAGUCCGCAGGACCUUGAGUACAGGCGCCAUCAUCUUUGACAUGAGCGCCAGCAGUCUGUCUUCUGUGGCGGAGAAAAUGGUCGACGAGCUGCUGAACAAGAAUGAGAUUCGUGCCAGUGAUCGGGAAGGCCUGCUGAGAGCUCUGCUCAUGAGACGCAGUCAGUCGGGGGGACCUGUCGUUACUCCCGCUGGAGACAUUCAGAUGCAGACUUUUUCUGUCACGAAGAAGAGAGAGAGCUCUGACAACAUGGAGGCAUCCGUUAUUCUCACAGGCGCCCUCGACUUCCUGCAGAAACCGGUGGUGGCCUUCGUCAGGCUGGCUGACUCCAUUGUCAUUGAGUCCGUUCUGGAGUCAGCGGUGCCUAUCCGCUUCGUCUUUAUGAUGGUGGGACCCAGCGACGCCGGGGUAAACUACAGCGAAAGUGGCCGUGCCAUGGGUGCUCUGAUGGCCGACUGGGUGUUCUGUCUGGAAGUCUUUCUGGCCCAAACUGAAAAAGACGUAACCAACGCCAUCGCUGACUUCAUGGACUGCAGCAUUGUGAUUCCUCCCACCGAGAUCCAGGAUAAGGUGAUGUUGGAGCCGAUCAUCGCUUUCCAACAGAAGAUGCUGCGUGACAGACUCCGUCCCUGCGACACCCGCCUUGCCUUCGGGGACCGUGCCAAAGUUGAUGCAGGUCCAGAGGAACCGAGGGAGGACCCUCUGGCCCGUACAGGCUAUCCUUUCGGUGGAAUGGUGAAAGACAUGAAGCGCAGGUUUCGCCACUACAUCAGCGACUACACAGACGCCCUGAACGCUCAGGUCCUGGCUGCCAUCAUCUUCAUCUACUUCGCUGCCCUGUCCCCAGCCAUCACCUUUGGAGGGCUUCUAGCUGACAAAACGGAUAAGAUGAUGGGCGUUUCAGAGCUGAUGGUCUCCACCUGUGUCCAGGGUGUCAUCUUCUGCCUCAUUGCUGCCCAGCCUGUUCUCGUCAUCGGCUUCUCUGGACCUUUGCUCUUGUUCGAGGAAGCUUUUUUUGUUUUCUGCAAGUCACAGGGCAUUGAGUACAUCGUGGGUCGCAUCUGGGUGGGUAUGUGGCUGGUCGUGAUCGUGGUCAUUAUCGUGGCAAUGGAGGGCAGCUUCCUGGUCCGAUACAUUUCCCGCUUCACCCAAGAAAUCUUCUCCAUCCUCAUCUCGCUCAUCUUCAUCUAUGAAACCUUCGCAAAGCUCAUGAAGAUCUUCAAAACCCACCCUCUGAUCCUAAACUACGACCAUCUGAACGAUACACUGGACAACCCCUUUCACCCGGUUGUCAAAGAGCACAUUGAGAUUCACCCUGACGGCAAUGUGACCGUUAAGGAGGUGGAGAUUGAAAGGCCAUAUCCCAACACCGCCCUGCUGUCUAUGUGCUUGAUGUUUGGCUGCUUUUUCAUCGCAUUCUUCCUCCGAUCAUUCAAGAAUGGGAACUACUUCCCCGGCCCAAUUCGUCGUUUGAUUGGAGAUUUUGGAGUUCCCAUUGCCAUUUUUGUCAUGAUCUUCAUAGACAUCAGCAUUGAGGAUGCAUACACCCAGAAACUUGUUGUGCCAAAAGGUAUUGAAGUGACCAACCCUAAAGCCAGAGGCUGGUUCAUCAAUCCCAUGGGAGAAAAGAAGGAUUUCCCCGUUUGGAUGAUGGGUGCCAGCUGUGUGCCUGCCCUGUUGGUCUUUAUCCUCAUUUUCAUGGAGUCCCAGAUCACCACGCUGAUUGUGAGCAAACCUGAGAGGAAAAUGAUGAAAGGAUCCGGAUUCCACUAUGAUUUGCUCCUGCUGGUCACCAUGGGGGGCAUAUCCUCCAUCUUUGGGGUGCCCUGGCUCAGCGCGGCCACCGUGCGCUCGGUCACCCACGCCAACGCCCUCACGGUCAUGUCCAAGGGCCCCAAACCUGAAAUCGAGAAGGUCAUCGAGCAGAGGAUCAGCGGCUUAUUCGUGGCCGUCUUGGUUGGUGCGUCCAUUUUCAUGGAACCCAUUCUGAAGAUGAUUCCCAUGACCGCCUUGUUUGGUAUCUUCCUGUACAUGGGUAUCACCUCUCUGAGUGGAGUCCAGAUGUGGGAUAGGAUGCUUCUCCUCAUUACGCCAAAGAAAUACCAUCCCUCUGAUGCCUACGCCACCAGGGUGAACACAAUGCGGAUGCACCUUUUCACUUUCAUCCAGCUUCUGUGCCUGGGCGUCCUGUGGGUGAUAAAGAUGAGCCCCUUCUCUCUGGCUCUGCCUUUCGUUCUCAUUCUAACCGUCCCUCUUCGCAUGUUCAUGACCGGACGAAUCUUUACUCCCCUGGAGAUGAAAUGCUUGGAUGCAGAUGACGCCAAAGUGAAAUUUGAUGACGAAGCUGAGGAUCUGGGACUGGCCUAAGCCUCGAACAUGAAUUGAAUUAAUGUAUUUUGUAAUUCCAAACUGUUCUGUUACUAUUUAUCCUUAAAGGACAUUUCUUUUCAUAUUUACACAAAUAUCCUGCAGCUGAGUGUGUGUUUACUGCCACGGAAAACACACAUUAGAACCCUUUUCAAAUGCAUCAUAAUGUCAAGGGAUUUUUAAUAUAUGUUUAUCUUGGUGGGCAGCGGUAUUUAAAUUUCGAAGCAUAAUCCGCCCCUCAUUUUUCCCCUGUGUUUUUUAGAAUGUUAUUUAAUUAUCCCAUUAUAAUAGAUUUUAAGUGACAAAUAACAAUAAAUUGACCAAAGAAUUACUUUAGUGGAACUAUCACAAACUCUUUAUGUCUACAGGCUGAAGCUUAUUAUUUGCAAAUGUUUUUUGUUGUGUUUCUCAGGUUUGCUUCAUUUAAUGUGUUGUUGGUAGAAUGUUUUCUGUUGAGUUGACCUGUUUGUAUAAAAAGAUAUAGAAUUCACUUAUAGCUGAUUUUAGUGUGGGAUUGCUUUCGUGUUCAUAAACUGCAAUGAGCAGUUAUAAGAAGUCAAUGAUGAGAAAUGAUUGUGAGACUCGAUUGUUGCCCCGAUGGAAACAAGGAAGCAUUUCUUUGUAAAUGCCUUUAUGAAGCAUUUUGUUUUGCUAAUCACAUUUGUGCGCUUCAAACACUGUACAUGCUAUGGGUUUACUUUAAUAAAAAUAAAAUAAGCUUUUAAAACGCUAAGCUUUACUAGUGCAAACAGAACACACCAUGGGACAAAUAAUUGGUUGUGAUUUAAGAAAAGUUCUUACUUGGAGUAAAAGGAGAGUUCAGGCUCGCCACCAGGCUUCAUGUUGCCUUUAAGAUAAUCGCGUAAACAUCAGCUUCUCUAUAUCUAAUCAGAAAAGUUGAGUAAAUAAACUCUCAGCUACUCUCUCGGUCUCAUAGUAAUAAAAACAGAGCAAACUAUUGCAGUGAGGUCAAUAUUUAG